CUAUCUAUCCCCCUAAAACUAAAUUUCAAUCAUCCCUUCGACAAAACUGUUCAGAAAUUAAUUUUAUCACCGCGAAAACCUGACCAAUUCUACAAUUAAAUUCACAUACACAUAUACGCAUUCUGUGUAUUGUCGAAAUGAAUUCUAAGAAGACACUAACGAAUCCGUCCAUCGUCGAAAUUGGAGAAAUCUGGCGGCGCGAGGGGAGAAAAGAAUAUUUUCGAAGGAGGCAGGCAUCAAACAACCCCUACUGCCGGAAUCGCGGGGUAUUGCGCUCGCGCAAGGCCGGCGCGCGUGUCCAUGUUCGCCGUGUAGUAUAUACGAGGCGGGUAGAGCAGUAGCACCGGCACCACCAUCAGCACCAGCCAGCAUUCAGCAGCAGUAGCCUCGUCGUGGCUAAAGGGGCUUCGGGAUGUCGUGCCGCGACGUAUCGUCGCCGUCGUCGUCGUCGUCGUGGUGUUAACCGUUCUCGUCGUCCACCUUCGUCACGGCGAAGGGGGAAACAGUCGACGUUGUCGGUGCUGGCGGCCGGUUGCCUCUUUUCGCGCGAGUUCGUUGGUCUUUUUUUUUUUUUUUUUUUUUUUCCCUUCCUUCCCGAGUCAAAGUUUCGCACGAGUUUGUUGCGGUUGUUGGCGCGAUUCCGGCCCGACGGGGGAAUCCCGUGCUGCAUCCUUCUCGAGUGAUCCAUCCGACAGUGGCCGACGAAGGAAUUGUCUCGUCUGUUCGGUUCGAAUCGAAAAUCGGUGCGCGGCAACGAUACACGGCUCGACGUGUACACAAGCCGACCACGCGAGGAGAAGGAAAGAGAGAUGUCACGCAGGACUAUCCUCGUUCGCACGUCGUUCGCACGCCUCUGAUCGUGCACGCGAUAGAUACGUUGUUACGUUUUAUUUUACGGUUCACUUACUUCAGAGGCUUUGGGGAUUUUGUAACACAGUUUUUCCGUUUUCUGUGGUCGAGAGUUGUGCUCGAGAAAAGGAAAGAUAUCGGUCGAUUAAUAUUUUGUUUAAGACGAAGUUUGUUAUCGAAAGUAUAUAUAUAUAUAUAUAAAAUACUUUAUGAGCUGAGGGGGGAGGGGGGAAGGAGUCAUCAUCGACGAGGGCCGAGCGGAGGACGUGCCGAAGUGGCGUUGUUGUAAUUGGAACGGGAAAGUGUUAGGUACGACGUAGUAGACGAUCGUCUUCUCUCGGAGUGUAAACUAUUGUUAGAACGGGGGGGCGAAAAUUUCGAAAAAAAAGAAAAAGAAAAAAGAGAAGCAUUCGCCUGGAUAAUGGAGCCGGUGGAGAAUCGAUCGGGGAUACAAUCGCCGUCUUAUCAAUCGCCGAGUCGAGGAUAUUGUUCGAUCUUUUCUCUUAUCGAUUGAAAUAUCGAAAGUCGUUCGACGCUGCGUGCGACGACGAUCAUCAUCGACAUUAUCCGAGUAUAAUAUAAGCUCGGAUAAAUAUCAUCCCGAUUCCACCCGUUCUUCUUUUCUCCGUGGAUUUAUACGCGAAAUCCGGCGGUCUGUAAAUCGUUCUUGAGAUUUAUGAGGAUCAUCAACGAUCGUUUGCUCACCGACCACCCGUAACGGAACUAUAAUAUUUCCGGAUCGAUCGUGCACCGGUGAUCAGAGGCUGGCCGCCGUGCGAAUGAUCGCAUUCCUCCUACUAUCGCGGUGUUACGUGUACCACACGCAUGAUUUUACCAAUAAAUAACCAGCUACAUUUAUCGAAGUCCGUUGCACGCGGUUUACGCUGAUCACUCGCCGUGCCGCAGGACCGUUAUCGUUAUCGAUUAAUCAAACAUUGCCGGUACGCCAACGUAUCGACGAAGAGGAGGUGAAAAGAGAGAGAGAGAGAGAGAGAGAGGAGGGAAAAACAAAGAAAGAAAUAAAUAAAGAAAAAAGACAACGGUAACAUUAUUAAUUAAAAACGAAACGCAGCGUGUGUGUAACAAUUUUUCACGUCGACGGUCCUCCUGCAUCGGACAAAAAUAUCGCUAAGAGACGGAAGGCGGCGGUGUGAAAGGUGUUGUUCGUCGAUCAAUUUCAUCGGGGCGAUAUGAAAUAACGUGUCCCGUUUCGAGGCAACGAAUCGAAAUUGGAAAAAUAUAAGGAGGAGGGGUGUGAAGAAAGAGAGAGAAAGAGAGAGGAGGAGACCAUGUACAAAGGGAUCAGUGCAACGAUCGUGAUCGAUCCUUCGAGCAGAGCGGAAGGAAGUAUCGCGAAGAAGUUUGGUGCCGAGCGUUAAAUCCAAAGAUAGAUUUUUUAAAAGCCGUGUAUCGCAUUGAUUGAACUCUUGGUGAUUCUCAGUGAAUGUUCAACGAUUUCCAACACUGGUUUUAACCUCUUGUUCCGAUUUACGAAAGAAGAGUGACGAGGAGGCCGAUCGCAGUGGUUGUGAGAUAAAUGUUUCAUGGACAAACGUGGUACUGCGGCCAAUAUCGAAUCUCGUGAAGACUUACUCGUGGUGGAAUCAAAGGUGGCUCGAGGAUCCUCGACGAUAUGUCCCCGGAAAUCCACGGAGUUCCGUGAAAAAAUAAGUGACUUCGAGGUGCAAGUCGUGGAACGGAGGUAAAAUGGCGGACAAUCAGAGAAGAAGACGAUAUCUGACCAUCAGUAUACUCCACAUCAUUACCAUCAUGUGCCAAGCCCUCUCGGAUCGACCGAUGUUUGCCGAGCCGAUACCGAACGUCACGGUGCCGUUGGGGAGAGACGUCAGUUUACCCUGCGUCGUGGAAAACCUCGGUAAUUAUAAGGUGGCGUGGAUCCACGUGGGUCGUCAGAUGUUGUUGACCAUCCACAAGCACGUGGUCGUGAAGAUACCGAGGUUCUCGGUGUCCCACGACAAUCAGAAGACCUGGCUGCUUCACAUCAACAACGUGCAACAAGACGACCGGGGCUAUUAUAUGUGCCAAUUAAACACGAACCCGAUGAUGAGCCAGGUCGGCUUCCUUCAAGUCGUCGUGCCGCCCAACAUUUUGGACUCGUUGUCCACCGAAAGCACGGUGGCGGUUCGUGAGAAUCAGAAUAUCACGCUCACGUGCAAGGCGGACGGAUAUCCAACACCGAAACUGAUGUGGAAGAGGGAAGACGGGCAGAACAUAAACAUCAAUCGACAUAAGAAAGUGCUCGUGUACGAUGGCGACCAAUUAAACUUGACGAGGAUCUCGCGCAAUGAAAUGGGCGCGUAUCUCUGCAUCGCGACCAAUGGAGUCCCGCCAACAGUCAGCAAGAGGAUCACCGUGGACGUCGAAUUUUCGCCGAUGAUCUUCGUGCCGAAUCAGCUGGUCGGCGCACCGGCUGGCACGAACGUAACGAUCGAUUGUCACACGGAGGCUUAUCCACGCGCGAUGAGCUACUGGUUCCUCGGCGACGAGAUGAUACUGUCCAACGAGAAGUACACGACGAGCAUCAUGGAGAACAGUUACAGGGCGUACAUGAGGCUGACCAUAAGGAAUCUACAGGCUGGUGAUUUCGGCAAUUAUCGUUGCAUCAGCAAGAACUCGCUGGGCGAGACAGAGGGCUCGAUCAGGUUAUACGAAAUUCCAAAACCAUCGGCUCCGCCGAAAGCCACGGAGAUCAAGAGCAGCGCCAACAAAGAAGGACGACCGAGCACGCCGUCACCAGCAAAAAGGCCGACCACCGUGUGGCCAUCCUCGUACAACCCGUACUAUACGAAAAGGACAGAGAGGCCGCCUCCCCCGAGCGAGGAGAGGGUCGAGAGGCCAGAGCAGAAGCUACGUGGUGGGCAGAGCACAGGAAGCGCGUACAUCAUAAGAUGGAGCGCCCCCCAGUUGAUGGUGGUUGCGGUGCAGUAUAUCCUCACGGGGCCCUACAUGCCCCCGUACGUGCCCCAGACGGCGAAUUAGAGGACGGAGCUGAGGGGAAACGUGGCCGAUGUUCUUCGUCCAGCACCGUGGUUUCUCCUCUCGCGCCCCGUCGUGCCGUCGUGAUCCUUUGCAUCCAUGCGAUACGCCGCGUCGCAUCCCCACGGGGUGAGGGAGGGAGGGAGGGAGGGAGGGAGGGGGAGCCGUGUACGAUGAUACCUUCUCGAUAUCUUCCAUUGGAUACGUCCAAGAUAAUGGAAACACGUCCCUUUUCCGUUUUUUUUCUCUCUUUUUUUUCUUUUCACGUCGAUCCAUUUCGCAAAGAAAGAGGAUAUUUUCUUUAAAACGAAAGAAAUGAUUGAAAUAUAUAUAUAUAUAUAUAUUCGAGUGGUUUUAUCAUUUCUUUUUGAACUGGCCUUAAGGAAAUAUGCUCCUCGUUCGUAUCGAAGAAGCGAAAACGAUCGUUGGUACACCAAUACACCGGAUGUAUGAUAUAGGAGAUAUUAGAUUGACGGUUGAUGGGAUGUGCAUUAGCGAAAACGGACGAAAUUAUUUGCCAGGUGGUUGUAUACCUUCAAUUGGAUUGUUAAUUGCAAUCGAAUAUUAAUUAGAAUAAUUGAAUCACGUUAUAGGUUGGCUGCCGGAUUACGGGCUUAAUUAGCAUCGGAUAGUUAUUGUGAGAGGCGAAUUAUCUUGGUAAAUUAUUUGUCAGAAGUAAUGAAUUUGUCAGUAUGAACGGUGAACGCAGUGUUGGUUGUUACACGGGGGCAAUAUGACCGUUGCAUCUGUGUUAUCUAUUAUAAAUAAUUAAUCGAUUAGGGAGGGGAGGGAACUUUGCGUUAAUAUUUAUCUUGACAUUUAUCUUAAUUGUUCAUUCAGACAUUUUAUUACGAUGAUAUUUUACACAUGACGAUAUCAGAUGGCAUGCUUCUACUUUCAAUUAAUUCGAUAUCGGUUAAUUUAAUUUCAUCAACCAACUAAAACUGUUCCUUAUUCUAUUCGAUCUAUAAUAUACGAGGAAAUCGUCAAUCAAGAUCUUUGAAAACGUUGAAUUAAUCAAGCGUUUGUUGAAGAUAGAGAUUGAAAAGUGUAAGUGUAAAAAACAGGGGAGAAGAAGCGGAGACAAAAGCGAAUGCUCCGAUUCUUUGAAAGCAUCCCUCGGCCUUUUCGUCGAAAGGACGCAUAUUCCGCGAUAAAUUUCGAGAACAAUCAAACUCGAUCGUCUUUCUCUCAAAAUGAUAAAUCCACCCUCCGAGAAUAACUCGACGAAACUCGACCGAACUCUGAAUUCUCCUCGACCUUCCGUCUUCCCCUUCGUACUUGCCACGUAACGGAAUACGCAAUAGCGUCGAUUAGAACGGAAAAAUACAACACGUUGUCCCGGAUAAAUCUGGAGGAUUGCAUCUGAAAGGAUGAAAAGAAUCGAAAAAGGUGUCUCCAAAGAGGCGAGAGAUACGCGGGAUGUAGUGGACGCAAGGUUUGAAGAAAGGGGGAGAGAGAGAGAGAGGGAAGAAAUUUGAUUAAUGCUUGGGCACGGUUGAAAAAUGGCGCAACGUCCUCGCGGAAUCGAGGAGAAGAGAAGGUUGAAGGCAGAAACGGCAACGCGAUAUUUUUAAAAACGGUCGCCAGAAUCCAAUUAUCGAAACGGUUGGUUGGAUCGUUGCUGGCCGGCGAAAAAUUUCGUUUCUAGUUUCUCAAAAAAAAAAAAAAAAAAAAAAAGAAAAAAAAAAUUUCACGUAUCUCGGCAAAAAACUCGCCGGCCCGCUGAUUUUCCGCCCGACACGUUUCAACUUUUACAAAUUUCGCCCCAUCCCCCCCUUCCUCUUUUUUUUUUUUUCAAUCUUUCCUUUCGUUCGCGAUAUUGUUAUCUAAUAUCGGGCAAAUAUUAAAUGCCAAGUAUCGAUGGAAAAUUUUCCUCUUUUUCUCUUCUUUUCCAGCGAAAUUCCUUUUUUCAACCGUCCACUCCGAUUUUCAACGCCUUCGAUUCGCGCAAACGAUUCGCUCGAAUUACGCGUUAAAAAAAUAUAUACGUAUAUGUAUGUAUGCAGGGAGAUGGAAAUUGAAACGAAACGAGGGAAUUUUCUAAUUUUAACGCGAUAAAAGUGUCUGACAGUGGGGAGGGGCAGCGGUGCAAAAACAUUACGUGAAACGGGGCACGCGCGCAGGGCUCGCCUCAUCCCGGCUCCCUCUCAAAGGCCGAAAUUACUAUGAUUUUCAGGCGAACGUAUUAAUCAUCCCGCUCGCCUGUAAUUAAGAAACUUUCCAUUACCGAUCGUAUAAUCGGUACGUGACGUGUAAUUGGGUUUCGCGGAUAUCGUCUGUGAGAGGGUGGUAAAUUAAAAUAGCUCUUGCCGCUCGAAUUAAUUAUCGAAAGAAGACACAAAGACAUCAAACGAUACGGAGAAUCCAAUUCCACGGCACGGCUGAUGAACGAAUCCCGCCGCCGCCAUCGCCGCGUGUCGAGUAUAAAUCGGUUAAUCGAAAAGCAUUCGAUUCGCCGAAGGAACGGGGCCGGGAGAAAUUCAAAUUCGCGCCAACGUUUCAUAAUCCAGCCGGAACGAAGCGCAAAUAUUAAUAACUGGCCGUGUUUUAUCUGUAAUUCAAUUUCCACGGUAAUUAAAUACCACCCCCUGUGCAGCAUUCGUUCAUGAAAAUUUACGACACUUUUAUCACGACGAGGCUUCUUAAGUCCUCUUCUUCUUUCAUUUCAUCCCUCUAAUCGAGACGAACGCGUUUGUCCUCGUUCGCGUCCUAAUACGUUACGUUAAAAUGUUCAAAGUGUUCGAUCGAUUUCUAUAAUUUUUAUAUAUUAUCGAAGAUUAAGAAAUAAACUAACUAAUGAGAGUUGACGACUCUCCACCAACGUUGGCGUAAUAAAAUUCUACUAGAAUCGUUGGAAACCAUUCUCACGCGUGUGGAUAAUUCCGUUGGUCGGUCACGCGAGUCGGUCAGGGAAGCCUGUAUGAAAAGUUUCGAUCGCGCGAAAAGGGCUUCGAUAUCAUUCCGACCGGAAAGUGUCUCCGUAGCUGGAAACUUGCCCCGAUUCGAAAAUUGAAAAGUUCUUCUUCGUCGAUAGCGUAUCUUCCCUCGAAUAAAGAUUUCUUCGAAAACAUGGGCAUUUUGAAAAAAACGAGAGGAAAUACCAGGAACGCGAUUCCUCGUUUAAACGUACGAGAACGAGAGAGAAAGAGAAAGAGAGAGAGAUUCGUAAAACGUAGGAAAGACUCCAAGAAGGGAGAUUUGUCUGUUCGACGAGAUUCCUCGGGAUCUCCAAUCCCGGGAUUACGGUUCGUGCAUCGAGAAACCACUCUGUCUCUAUUUUGGGAUUAGCAUUUAAAUGAAAUCGCGAAUUAGCGCGGCGUUUUAGAUUUAUCUUGGGGGGAGGGAGCGUCGCCAACGAGGCGCCACGCGGUCGAACGAUAAACUUCAUUCGAAUUCGGACCACGAAGCCAGCCGAAACCGGUUACAUUAUAAUUCCUCCUGCAAUCCUCCUCCCGUAAUUGCCGCUACCCUCCCCAACGAUUUAAUCGAGAUACCCCUGUCCUUCCUUCGAUGGAAAUAACUCGCAAAUAUCCGUUUCAAAAAAUUUGCAACAACAACUUCGUUCGAGAUCCAUUCCAGUUCGAGAGAUCGAUGUCGAUGUGCGCAUGCACGCGCUAGACGAGACAAUUCGCAUUCGAGCCACGAAACAACGCGCACGGGCGAAAUAUCUCACGCCAAUAUAAUUGUACGCGUUUCAGAGGUAUCAUUUCGUAAUCUAUGUAGCGCUGGUCGGAUGAGGGAUUAUGUUAAGCGAUGCGUGAGCGGGUACAGUGGACGGGAAGCCAGCCGUAACGGAGAUACUGCUCGGUGACGUCGUUACACGCCACGGGUGUAUUCCCCGUGCACGCGCCGAUAGAAUACACGCCUCCCUAUUUAGAUGCGUGCACGGAUAGGAGCCGUGUGUCGUCGACGUGAAUUUUAUUCGUUCCUCUCUCUCUCUCUCUCUCUCUCUCUCUCUCUCUCUCUCUGUCCAGUUCUAAUUUCUGCUUCCUGCUCGAGGAUAUCGAAUCGAAAGAACGAACAUUGAAGGAAUUGAAGGAACGAAACAACAUUUCUCUCUUAACACGUUUUCGCUGGAAGUUUAAAUGUAAAUAAAAAUGAAAGAAUCAUUUUCGUUGAACUUAUAAUAGGUUGAAAAUUGAACAGGUAUUUGGAUAAAUCGUAUAUGGAAUAGCAUUGUUGUUAGUUUUGUUCUUUUUAUUGAAUAUGAAAUUAUUCCAGUAAAAAAAAAAGAAAGAAAGAAAAGGUAAUCGUCCGAGAGUAGAAGGUUAGAAAAGACGAUAUUACCCUACUUUUCCCUUAAACCCUGGAAAGAUUGGAAAAUUUACAUGGCAAAGAAGGAACAUUGUUAUUGGGAGAUUGUUUAAAACGGCGUCGGGUGUGUGUUAAGGUUGAUUUAAGUUGACUCUAGUUUGCUCUUGCAAGCCUCCUCGGCCAGACGAAGAAUCGAGGUUAUGCAAAUUACUCCUUAAGUAGAUGAUAACCCAAAGUUAACCCAGAUCCAAGCCACGGUUAAGCCAUUCCUUAUGUAUCCCCUUAUAUCUUCUUAUCCCCCGCUAUUAUAUUUUACCCCUCCCCUCCCCACGAUUACUUGUCGAUUAUCGUCGUUAAAUUUUUCAUUCAGUUUAGCGCGGUACGUAUCCCGUUGGUUCCUUGAACGUGAUACAACGUUGGCCAGAGAUUAUUGGAAAUAAAUUGUGCGCGUUUUCACGAGAUAUUUCAAAAUGAAGGAAAAUUGUUUUUUCGACGCGAUGGCGGAGAGGAGUAUUAUCUUGGGUGAAUGUAACGCGUCCGAAUGGGCGAUGGGACGCGUUUACCGUUGACACGAGUUUCGAUUAAUAAGCAGAAAAUUACGACAGUGCGGGCAACAAUGGGGGACCGUGCAGACUAAUGGUCUCGAUCCCGUUUUUCACUACUGUGAAUUACAGAAAAGAGAGCGAGAACGGUUCGACGCUUGUAUUUAAUGUAUUCCCUGUUUAUAUCGUUCGAGCUAGAUUAAAAUUUAAUGUUUUCGCGAUUUCAUUUGACGCGAGAGCCCAUUACAUUACGAAACGAAUCGUGUUGAAACUUUUUACACGAUUGUGAUGGAUUUCAAAUUACCUUUUUUUUUUUUUUAGUAUUGUAUUUUUUUAUACCUUUUUUUAGAAAGUUUGUCGUUUCUUUUUUUUUUUUUUUUUCAAAUAAUUAUUAGAUCGAACGAAUCUCGAAUAUUCUUCCAUUUAUUUCGGGCUGUUUAUAUCGUUACACCGGUCAAAGUGGAGAAAUUUAUUCGGCUCUCGAAUAUUUAACACACGAGUCAAGUAGUAUAAAUCGAGCAUGUAUCAGACGCUUGACGAAAUUUAUCACUACGACCGACAAUUAUAUUUCAUCUUAUAAAUUCGCGCAGACAACAUUCCCAGUGUAAUAUUUUAUAUCGUCGCUCUCGUGAAAAAAAAACAAAAAUAUAUUUCUCGUAUUAAUGCAAUAACCGAGGCAGAAUCGAGAGCAAAUUUUAUUCCGUUUUAAAUCUCAAACGUUCUCGCUAAUUCUCGUGAAAUUUGUAAAAUAUAUCCACGAUCUUCUUUCCCCGUUACAAAUUAAUAACAACGUUUCAUUCGUCCCUUACAACAUUCCGAGCAAACGAGUAUUCAAAUUAGCAUUGGUUUGUUUCAAAAAAAAAAGAUUCGAUAAAUGGAAUCGCACGUGGAAAAGAAAUCGUCGAAUUCGGGAGAGAAAAGUGAAAAUUCGAGGGAGGAUCGAGAAAUAAUAAUCAAAAGUUUACGUAAAGAAUUUCUAUUUCGUACGAAGUCCUGUUUCUCCAUACGAACUCCAAAGUUUAAAAGUAUUUAUUAUUUUUAUAUGCGGGAGAAAUUUCUUUCCACCGCGUUAUUCGUAUAAGAAGAAGAGAAAAGUUUCGCUCCGCGAAUCUAAACAAAAAUGGCCGAGGAUAAAAACAAAAGCGCAAAAUUCGUGACUUUUUUUUUUUUCAAUUGCAAAGAUUUACGUCGUUUCGUUCGAUCUCGUCGCGGAAACGAGAGAGGAGAAUUCCGUUGGAAUAGAAGAUUGUUGGACGAUCGAGAAUCGGAGCUGAGAAACAAGAGGAUCGAUUUAAAUUGCUCGGCCACCGUGAACGUAUUUGCAUGAUAGUGAUUUUCGUGGUUUCGUGCCACGAAUCAGCAUAAUAAUACUUCUGAGAAAUGUAACAGACUGGAAUCGGACAAGAGCUUGUGUAUAUAUAUAUAUGUAUAAUAUUGUACGAAAUUAGAGGUUAGAGAUGGAAUGAUGGCGCGGGACGGUUAGAAACGGAUCCUGUUAUACAUAAUCUGUGUUACGGUCCACGAGCUUUUCUCGUCCGGUUUAACACGCCCCAUUCGUGGCAGAAUUCAUCGCGGCGAAAGUAUUGUCUCGUUCGCGAAAACUCGCCCAAUCUGUUGCUCUCGUUUCUUUCAUUCGAACGAGUUUCAUCGAAUCUUUUCCUUCUUUUUUUAUUUUCAUACGCGUGAAAACGAUCGAUCGAUCGAUCGAUCGAAAUUCAUUCUCGUAACGCGAAGAAAUUUAAUCAGAGAUACGCGUUCGAAGGAAUAAAGAUUCGACGAGUUCGGUCGAAUUCGUCGAAUUUGCAUUAUUUAUUUUUAACCAGGAACCGGACGAUCGGGGAAAUUUUUUAACGGGGACGGGAUUAACGUGGAAAAACGUUGCUCGGGAAAUAUCUUUAAAAUCCACUCGGAGUUUUAAUCACCGGGCAACCGGCGAAAGCAAUAAAACUAACCGCCGUAUAUACGUAUUAUACAUUGAAACAAAAAAAAAAAAAAAAAAAAAAAACGAGGCCAUUGUUCGUAUUUCGUUAUUUUCAUAUUUACCGGAAAAACAGGACAUAUCGGGAGAUUAAAUGGGAGAGAAGCAGAGAGGAGAAAUAAUCUUGAUUGCAAUUACCUCCAAUCGCGUAAAAAAUAAAGUGGAAAAAAAAAAAAUUUCCCGAGACAAAAUAAUCGGAUGAAAUUUAUAUUUAACGAUUGUUAAACAAAUCAGGAAAAUCUCGCGAAAAAUUGUGGCAAGGUCGUUGCUAGAAAGUGGAAGAAUAUUUAAAUGAGACACGCACGCGCGCUUCGAAACUCACCCUCGCCGAUGAUUUUAUCGCUCCAUUUUUUUUUUUUUUUUUUUUUCUUUUGCAUACGAGGUGCAACUGUAUCAGGCGUCAUAAAAGUUUGCUCGUUGCGUCGGGAAUCACCGGGGUCCCGUCAGAAUCGUGGACGGGAGGAAGAGAGAGAGAGAGAAAGUAAGCGAGAAGGAGGGAGGGGUGGAUAAAGGAGUAAAGAGAGAGGGCGCGAUGUGGGUGGAGAGAUCCUGUUAUACACAGUCUGUAUCAUCACUUUGCGAUGUACUUGCGAGCUUUUCCCGCCUCGUUUAACACGGCCCAUUCAUAAUAGGGUGACGGGCGUAAAAGUAUUGCCGGUUAUCGCGGUGGCCGCACCACGUACCUCGCCAAACAUUGUCCGACCUCCGAUUUACCACCUCUGCUCGGCCACCCUCCCGUAGAGGGACACCUAUUGUCCCUGAGUUACGAUGCACCGGGGUCGGCCACCCACGGGCCGACACUUUUACAGGCCCCCCCCCGACCCUUGCCGCCUCAUAAUUGCCAGAUUGCUGAACGACAAAACUAGCUAUCCCUCCACCACCGCCUUCUACACGAACGAACGAGAAAUAACGCGAUAAAUCUCGUUACGUAGAAUACGCCGCCACAAUGCAGUCUCCCGUUUAUUAUAUUCAAUAUCGCGUCCGAUUUUCUUUUUUUUUUUUUAAAUUACCCGAAUAAAGAAGUUAGCUCUAUUAAUCAUGAAGGUCGAAGUUCGAUCUUCUCCGUUUACUGAUUUUUUUAGUGGAUGAGAAAAUAUUUAAAGAGGGAGAUAAGUAAUAGUUUGAAAUUAUUAAUUAAAAUCUAAAAGAAUUUUUAAUUUUAUAUUAACGCGUCAGUUUCAACCAUUUUCCCACGCGAUACCUCUAUCGUAGCCAUCUUCCAUCCCUUUGUUUACGAAAUCCAGUUUAUCGUAUCGUUACGUUCACCCUCGAGAGAGAGAUCCAGUCGUUUAUCAAAGUCCGUUGUAUCACGAUGAUAGAAAUCCUUUGAGAUGCAUGCGUAUCCACGUUUAAGUUCCUCAGGGGGCGGCCUCCUAAUCGGAAAGUUUGAUUUAAACAAGAGAGGUGGUGGCCGGUUUGUCUUGCUGUCGAUUUAAGGAGCGCGCAUCUUUUUCGUCCCCGUGGAAAGAUCGGCAGACUUACGACGGGCGGCGAAACUUCAUUCAGACGCGGGCCAACUUUUCCACCAAGUUGGCGAAUUUAUUUCACGGCCGUAUCAGACACGUUGAUCCCUGGGAGCUUUCGAGGAGCUCUCAGAUUCGCAUCGACCGACUUUCGCAUCGUUCAAUGUUUCGAGUUUCAACGGUGUUUCUUCGGUUCGCCAACCGAGGGAUUGGUCCGAGUUACUGUUCGACGAACAGGCCGAGACACGGGAAGCGAUCGUUCGGUCGUUAAGGCGUCCAAAUCUCUUAACGUCGUUCCCCUUUCGCGGUUAAAGUUACGGGGACGUCCCCGUUUUAUCAAUUCCCGGAUAAAAGACAGCGGAAAUUUCCUUCCAAAAGAUUGGAAUGCUUCGCUUUGACAAACUCUUUUCUUUUGUAAUUGUAACAUCUGUAAUCGAAAUUAGAAAUUCCCGUAUAUUAACUUUUUUAGAGAAUCGGAUCUAAUUCGAUCGAAUUUUCAAUAAGAGAGGUAUCGAAAAAAAGAUACGAAACAUUAAUGAGAGAAUAAUUAAAGUAAGUCGCAUGCCAUCAAUGAACAAUAAAUUUCGCCCAUCUGAUAUUAAAUAAUUCUUUUCUAAACUUUCUGUUCGAAACACGGCUCUCCCCCGCCGACAAAAGGUCGGAACACCGAUCGCAUACGCAAUUUCACCGAUCCACCCACCGAUAGUCAAAUUGUGAAACAAGUUGAAAGUAUUAUUGCUUAUACUUUAAUGUAUCGUUAUAUUGUAUCGAAUGUUUUACGUAAGGACCUCGAGGUUAAGUAAGUACUUUCGGUGCUCAACGGGGGACGAAUGAAGGUUUACAAGAAAUUAAUAAUUGUAUCAUUACCGGAAGUCCCCGAAUCCCGUUGGAAGAGCGAAACGAACGAACGCGCGAAAAGAAAUAUUCAAGAAUCUACUCGCUCCCCCAUUUUUUUUCGUCGUUUCUCUCGUCCACGGGUACUCGUAAGCUGUAAGGGAAUUGUAAAUAGCUCAGUGUAUAAAUUUCAGUUCCGGAUUCAUUGUAUAAACAUUAUAAAUACGUCUGAAAAGAGCGUCUGAAUUCGUUCGAUAUCAUCCCCCCCGUUUAAAAAGCGGUUCUCGAUACGAGUUUGACGCGCGAAUCUCUGUAAAUAAAUAAAUAAAUAAAUAAAUAAAUAAAUAAAUAAAUAAAUCGAUCACAUAAGAAGUGCCAAAAUACGUGACUCACAUACAUACAUAUGCAUACGUGGAUACACGCAUGUAACAAAACAUAUAUAAAUAAUACGUGUACACACGAAUCGAGAAUCAACGCUCGUUUCCUGCAAUAACAAGCGAACCCGGGUUGAUACCUCACCUCGAUACCGAAAGUUCGGCAAGAGAGAGAGAGAGAGAGAGAGAGAGAGAGAGAGAGAGAGAGAGAGAGAGAGAGAGAGGAUGGAACGUGAUAGAAUAACGGAUAUCCGGCUAUGUGUUAGCCGGCUAUUUGAAUAAUGAAUGGCCUGCUGAUUCCCAUCACCCUGUAGUCGAGCAUAGAAGGAUUAUUCGCGAGUAAACGUCUCUCGCCAAACUUAUCGUGCGUCGUCUUCUUUCCACGCAUCAUAAAAGAUGCGUUUGCGUUUCAAUGACGUAACGUCUUUCCUUUUUUUUCUUCUUUUUUUCUUUUUCGUCCCCAAUUGCGGCUUUUCAUCCAAGUAGAUUUGUCUUUUAAUUUAACAAUCGAAAAAGGGGUAGGAGGAAACGUAAAACGCGUUCACUUUUCUUUCUUUCAAGUUGUGUUCGAGAGAUGUUCGUAAAAUUAGACUCGUAAAAAAAAUCCUGCAAUCUAGAUUACUGCCAUUUAUAUAUACCAAACUUUACUGCCAUUGUACGACAGAUUACUGUUCGUGCAAUCAUCAGAAGAGCAAGAUAGAGAGAGAGAAAAAUCGGUGUGCUUUUUUUUUUCUUUCUUUUUAUUUAACAUACUGUAGCGAACGAUUGUUGUUAAGAUGACGAGAUUUCGUGUACACGUGUGUGAGAGAAACGGGAAAGAAGCUCUAGUCCUAAGAAGGUUUGAACGAUAAUUUAAUUAUGUCGUCGUAAGUCUCGUAUCUUAUAGGCAAUUCCGCCAAUUGCUUGCCACAAAAUCAAUCCUCGAUCGUCCGAUUAAUUGUUGUUAAUUAUUAUUAUAUUGUUGAGAUCGAUCAGAUCUUUGGAGAGACGACGUCGACGACCGUCGACGGUUGAGUUUUGUGGCUGGCAACUGUUUCACUGUGUUCCUGUAAAUAAUUAUACAUAAACGAAAGGUGUAACCUGCUUAGAAUUAACUAACUAAUUAACUACGGCGUAAUUAUAACGAACAUCGUUUCGAAACGAUGGAAACGAAACGUGGGAUCGACGAAGAAGCCUCAAACCACCCCCUUUCUUCCUCCACCCUUCUUCUUCUUCUUCUUCUUCUCCAUCCUUCAUCUUCUUCCUUCUUCGCUCGCGCGAAGAGAGAAAUUCCAACGAUUGCUUUUUUUCCAAAUUUCGAAAUUACGAAAUUCCUUCCUUUCUAUCGUAUUGUCGGACGCAUCGCGAGAAAGUAUUUUAUUAAUCGAUUUCGAAGCCUCGGAGAAAGGUUGCGAGAUGUUUCGAUAUUUUUGCGGACAAAUCCAUUUUGAGUAAGAAUUUCAAAAGUACGAACAAACGAUCGUGAAAUUAUUAUAAAUCUUCGAUCAUAUUUGAUUCGAGAAAUUCUUAGAAAAGUUUUUUUUUUUUUUUGCGUUGUAAAGAAGAGAUUUGGACGAAUUAGAUGAGUAUCUAUCCGUACGAGAUAAGAUCCGUUGCACGAUUGAGUGAGAGAGAAAGAAAGAGAGAAAGAGAGAGAGAGAAAGAGAAUUCGCAAAAAAAAGAAAGGCGACCGCGAAUCUGUCAAAGGAUAGAGAUCAUCGGAGAGGAAGAUAUUACACACACACACCUGAAUUCAGGUCAAGAUGAAAAAGAAAAAGAGAGCAAAAUAAAAGGCACCGGAAAUCGCUUUUAAUGUGCAUCAUAAACUCGCUGCGUAGUGUUACUCUAAAUGUUGCUACAUUUAAUAUGUAAGUAAUAGAUUGUGUUUUAAAUUGUGUAAAGAAAGAGAAAUCGGCGGAUCGAUUUAUUAUUUCAUCAUCACUUCACGCAAGUGGGACAAGUUGUGUCAAUUAAAAGUGUAUAAAAAAAGAAAAAGAAAGAAAGAAAGAGAGAGAAAAAAAA